UGAGGCGUUGUAUCGCUCCACGAUUAUGAUGCCGGCACCGAGGGCGCCAUUCCCGGGACGGUCCCGUCGUUGCCGGUCCGGGAGCUGCGGCUGCGGCAGGAGGGACCCUGCGGGGGACGCAGUGGAAGUGACACUCCUAAGAUUCAUAGCCAUGGAGCGGCUGGAGGAGGAGCUGACCUGUGCCGUUUGCUGCGGCAUUUACCAGGACCCGCGGGUGCUUCCCUGCUCCCACACCUUCUGCAGGGAAUGCCUGGAGGGGGUUCUCCAGCGCUCCGACACCUUCUCCAUCCGCAGGCGCCUCAAGUGCCCCAACUGCCGGGCCCUGGUGGACAUUCCCACCGCCGGGCUGGAAUCGCUGCCCAUCAACUUCGCCCUCAAGGCCGUCAUUGAGAAGUGCCGGCAGGAAGAGCCCUGGGAUGUGGAGACGUGCCGGGAGCACCCCCGGCAGCCCCUCAACAUUUACUGCCUGCUGGACAAGCAGCUGGUGUGCGGGCAGUGCCUCACCAUAGGGCAGCACCACGGGCACCCCAUCGGGGACCCGCACAGCGCCCACAGGAACGCCAAGGAGGCCGCGGGGAAACUGCAGGAGCAGCUGCCGGAGAAAUACUGGCGGGAGGUGCUGCUGUGCUACAUGAAGCUGACGAUGCAGAAAUCCCAGUGGGAGAAGCUCCUGCGAAGCGAGAGGGACGUGGUGGAGCAGUACUUCCUAAAGCUCAGGGUCACCCUGGAGCACAAGAAACAAACUCUGCUGGGGGCUCUGGAUGAGCUCAACAGGCGCUUCCUGCGGGAAUACGAGCCCCUGCUGGAGAGUGUGAGCAAAAUGAAGGUGGAAGAGAUUGAGCUCAAGUACCUGAAUUCCUCUAUUCGGAAAGAAAAGUCCCCCCUGCUGUGCCUGGAGAAGCUGGAGGAGCUGCAGCAGCGGGUCAAGGCUCUGAGGGAGAAGGAACUGCCCGAUGUGAGACCUCUGGAGAUUUGUCCAAGGAUGGAGGACCUGCUGAAGGACGUGUGGGCUAAAACUGAAAUGGGUCAGAUCCACAAGAUCCCCCCUCCAAAACUGAUGAUGGUUCCCAGGAGGAAACCGUGCAGCAAAUGCCCUGGGAAGGAAAAUGUGGAAGGCGGGAAGCAGGUGCCCACCCUGAGCCUGCCCACCCUGAGCCUGCCCACCCUGCUGCUGCUGCUGCUGCUGCUGGGCCUGGCGGGCACCGCGCUCGCCCUGCACAGGGCACUGCCUCCCGGGGCCAUCCAGGCUGCUCCCGCAUGGAUAUCGGAAUUCCUGCUCCAGCUCUAUCAGCAUUCCUGCUCCCACCUGCAGAAGGCCGUGGAUGGGCUGCGCCACCCAUUCACCUCCCUGAUGGGGUUCUGCAGGAGAAUUGUCCCCUUUGACUGCUUCCGUGAUUAGGAAUCCAGGAGUAUUUUUGAUUUCCACUGAAAAGCUGGAUUAUCAAAGCUCUACACUUCUCCCUUCUAUUCCCA